AAUUCUAUUUCACCUUCAGGUUAUGACAAAAAAGAACCACUAGCUACUAUACUUGCUGAGCUGACGAAAAUGUGUGUGGACAAGAAGCCACUGUUCCUCAACGUGAUCCUUGAAAUUCUUGGCCAUGGUGAUAGCCUUACGGUUCUUGAUGAAAUGCUGGACCAGAUUUUGGAUGAUCUGCAGCCUGACCUCCAAGUGUUGGAUCAGAUGGAGGAAGAUAACAGAGCAUGUGUGGAGAAGAUGUUGGAUCUGUUGGGAAUUAAGAGGGAAGAUCCACCAGGAGAACCCCUCGCUCUCACCCCAGAGUCCAGAGCCAUCAUCCGGGCGACAAACAUUCUCAUCCAGUCACUCAGCGAGAUGGAUCCUGAAACUUUAAUCCUGUUGGCAAGCAGUGUUAAGGCAGAGAUUAUAUCCAAACAGCUAAAGCUGGCGAUUAUAAUUGAUGACACAUGGUCUGGUGCACCUCGAUAUGUUGACCUGGCGGUUAAGGAAGACUCCGAGGAGGUUAAGGAAGACCCUGAGGCGGUUAAGGAAGACUCCGAGGAGGUUCUGAUCACUCAGCUCACUGACGAGGAGUUUGAAAUAACUCAGCAUCUGCUGGAAGAGUUUGGAUUUCAACUGGACAGAGGAAGUGCUUCAGCUUUACCCAUUGAGAACCGUAAACUAGGAGACGUACUUCCUCUCUAUGCUGCUCUGUAUGCUCUCAAUGCGUUAUGUAACUGAGCUGUUGUGUUGGGCUUCAUCAGUGUUUCCACUCUGAAGGAAAUUACCUGAAAUUUGGGAAAUUCUGGUUGUCUUCGGGUAAUUUUAGGGAAAUUAAAUAACUUCGGGAACUUUCCUGGCCCGGGAAGCCUUCCCCAACUAGGGCUGGGAAAUAGCAUGUAAUUUGGUAAUUUGGUAUUCUAUUUCAAGAAUUUAUUUUCUUUUUGAAGUGUGGAAGCACUGUGCUUCACGACCAUUGUUCAUGGUUCUUCUCUUGACAUUAGUUCACAAGGCGUUGGAGCAGAAUUAGGCCAUUCAGCCCAUUGAGUCUACUCUGCCAUUCAAUCAUGGUUGAUCUAUCUUUCCCUCUCAACUCCUUUCUCCUGCCUUCUCCCCACCACCUUAGCCCUUGCUAAUCAAGAAUCUGUCAAGCUCCACUUUAAAAAUACCCAAAGACUUGGCCUCCACAGCCGUCUGUGGCAAUGAAUUCCAUAAAUUCAUCACUCUUUGGCUAAAGACUUCCUCCUCAUUUCCAUUCUAAAGACAGGUCUCUCUCGGCCCACGGGGUGGCUGUCUGUGCACCCCCAGUCUCCCCAUGUUAGAAGAUGUCACAUACAGGCAUGUAUCUGAAGAAUAAAUAACUACAGUACUGAUACUCCAUAUUAAGAGCAUUGAUUUGCCAUUAAAAUAAAUUCUGUAAUAACGCUUCAACGGUGGCAGUGACAAUUGAACACCGCGGUUUUAAUGUUUCGUGUGUUCACAAUUUAAUGAAUCCAUCUUUAUAGAUUAAAGCAAAUAAUAACAU